CUCAGAAACGCGAGCGUGAAGCGACAAACGACUCAGAGAUCCCAGUGCUCUUGACGUCGCAUACGUAGCACACGAUGGUGGGCGCAGAAACCCAUAUGCACAAAGAGCACCUGACCCACAGAUCUGCCCGCAGCAGAUUGUCGCAUCACUCCUGCCUGCUCUGUCUGUUGUGUGUGUGUGUGCGUGUGUGUGAGCGCAGAAGCUGCACGUGUCUGACAAGGUGCCCCGCAGCGGCAAGGUGGUGGUGGCGGCCGAGUACAAUGGCGUCAAGGUGGAUGUCGUGACGCACAAGGAGGGCAAGCUGAGCAAAGAUCUGCAGGACAAGAACCCCACGGGAGUCAUGCCCUUCCUCGAGACCAACGAUGGAUCCACCAUCUUCGGCAGGUCAGUACACUCAGUACUUACUGUACCCUCCCCUUCUCCACCCAUCCAUAUAAACAUAAGGAGUAGACGACAGACACCACACGUACGUUUGUUUGCAUGGCGUGGUGUGCUGGUGUGGUGUGUGGUGGGGUGCGCAGCAACGCGAUUGCGCGGUACGUGGCUCGUAUCCGCAACGACACCGCCCUGAUGGGCGCCACAUUCGUCGACUCAGGGCUGGUACGACACACGAACACAUCUGUUGUGCGCUGCACACCGCACCCACACACAUGUGUGGUGUGGUUUGUCCACCAGGUUGACUCGUGGGUGGAUUUCUGCGUGCACGAGUUGGAGGUGCCCCUGUGCUGCUGGGUGUACCCUCUGGAGGGCUCCGCCGACCAGCUGCCGGCCGCCCAGGCGCAGCGGGCCAAGGACGACGUGAGCAAGGCGCUGAAGGUGGUCAACGAGCACCUGCUGCACCAGACCUUCCUGGUGGGGGAGGACGUCACCCUGGCUGACAUCGUCAUGGCCACAACACUCAUGCCCGCGUUUGACAAGGCAUUCGACGCCGGUCAGUCAGUCGGCCACUCAUCUGAGAGUGGUGGUGGUGGUGGUGGUGUGGUGUGCGGACCUCUGUGUGUGUGUGUGUGUGUGUGUGUGUGUGUCAGAGUACCAGUCGUCCUUCCCCAAUGUGGUGCGAUGGUACAACACGUGCAUCAACCAGCCAGGUCAGAGAGAGAGAGUGCAUCUCAUCUGGUGGGGUGGGGUGCAAUGCAACACAAAACAUACACACACACAUACCUACCUGCCUGCCUAGCUGCCUCAGUACAUGCAUAUCACGUGCUGUGUUGUUGUCUGUCUUGUGUGCGUCUGUCUGUCUGGUGUCUGUCUGGUGUGGGUCGAUGUCCACCACUGCACUGCAGCGUUUUUGAAGGCGUGCAAGGCCAAGACUGCCAAGCCGGGGGAGGGCAAGAAGGACAAGAAGGCCGAGGCUCCCAAGGAGAAGGAAAAGAAAAAGGAAAAGGACACAGGUGGGUAACUAACAUAUAUACGUACGUACCAGCAUCGCAUCAACUGUCUGCACACGCCACGAUCCACACACAACAAAGAUGACAUACAGAUGGGGGAUUGGAUUGGAUUGUGUUGUGUCUAUCUGUUGUGGUUUUGUUGUGUAGCGGCAGCGGCGGCAGCAGGCGGCGGCGAUGACAUUGAGGGCGAAGAGGCGCCGGCCAAGAAGCAGCCCAAUCCGCUGGACCUGCUGCCGCCCGCCAAGAUGGUCAUGGACGAGUGGAAACGGGUCAGUGAAGGGUGGUUGCGUGAAUGAAUGCACUUAGCCAACCGUCGCCACGCACCCACACACACACACACACGCACACGCACACGCGUGUCGAUGUGUGUGACGUGACCCCUGCAGACGUACUCCAACACGAAGGAUCUCUACGGCGUGGCGAUGAAAUGGUUCUGGUGAGGGAGUGAGCGAAUGACCUGCAGCCAGACAGACAGACACACGCAUCGAACGUCUGUGUUGUGUGUGCCUGUGAUGUGCCCAUCAUCCCUGCCAUCCAUGGCACCACCAGGGAGAACUACGACCCCGAGGGCUACUGUCUGUAUUUCGUCAAGUACGUCAAGGCCGAGGGCGAAGGCAAAGUCGGAUUCAUGACCUGCAACCUCCUCAGCGGCUUCAUACAGGUAAGUGAGUAGCCUACUAACCUAACACAACUAACACAACUAACACAACUAACACCAGCACCACACACACGUGUCACGUCCGUGUGUGUCAUGUAUGUCAGCGGUGCGACAAGUUGCGCAAGCACGGGUUUGCCGUCAUGGACGUGGUCGGCGGAGACGGUGAGUCAGUGAAGGAGUGAGUGAGCUGGCCACCCGACCCAACACACACAAGCCAUGGAUGGCCCAUAAGCGCAGGACUAGCCAGCACCAACCAGGAUGAAGAGUGAUCAUGGCUGCUCUGUGCCUCCAUGCCAUGGAUGCGAUGCGAUGCGGGGCAGGUGACUUUGACAUCGAGGGUGCGUGGCUGUUCCGCGGCACCGAGAUACCGCCCGACGUGCGUACGCAUCACAGCCUCACACACACACACACACAUGCACACGAAUGCAUUCAAUGCGUGCACAGAUAACUAAGUGGUUGGUUGCGUCCAUUCCAUCCUUCCUUGGUGUGUGGAUGUGUGGUGCAGAUGAAGGACCACCCCUCCUAUGAGUAUCACGAGUUCCGGUGAGGAACCAAUGCACACAGGGAGGGGGGGAGGGUGACGGGGGGGGAGAUGACCGAACAGCCACCACAGUGUGUGCUGUCUGUCCAAUGAAUGCGGUGCACUGCAGUGCGGUUGACCUGAACAACCCCGCCGACAAGAAGCUGCUCGAGGACUAUUGGUGUGCCGACGAGUAAGACGAGACGGAUCACACUCGCACACCAACGCACCCCAGCCAGGGACAGACAGAAGCAGACCAUACACUCGUGUGUGGUGUGUCAUGCACUGCAUGGCAUGGGUGUGCGCAUCAGGAUGGUCAACGGCAAGCCGAUCGUCGACAGCAAAGUCUUCAAGUGAUGUGAUCCACACACACACACACACACAUCCAUUCCAUAUCCGGCGAAAUGCAGGGCUGUCCCGUCCCGUC